AUGGCUGGCCUGACAGAAUCCCAAGUGGCCUCGUUCCGCGAGAACGGCUACCUCGUCGUCCCUGACUAUUUGAGCCCAGCUGAGAUCGAGUCUCUCUUGGCCGAGACCGACACUCUUCUCAACGACUUCUCGUUGGACUCGCAUCCACUUACGCAAUUCACCACUGGCGAUGAUGACCAGGCCGAGCACGUGGGCGAUGACUACUUCUUAAACUCUGGCGACAAGAUCCGGUUCUUCUUCGAGCCGGACGCGUUCACCUCCGAGCCUGAUCCGCUCACGGGUCGCCCCGCACUGAUCAAGCCAAAGAACCUGGCAGUUAACAAGAUCGGACACUCUCUGCACACGCUCUCGCCUCCUUUCAAGGCGAUCUCUCUGAACGAGCAAAACGCUGCCGUAGCGAAAUCGCUCGGCUUCAUGGACCCGCGCGUCCUCCAGAGCAUGGUCAUCUGCAAGCAGCCCUCCAUUGGCGGCGCGGUUCCCUCGCACCGCGAUUCGGAAUUCCUUUACACGAACCCGCCAUCAGCGGUCGGGUGGUGGUACGCCCUGCAAGAUUCGGGACCCGGCAAUGCGACGCUGGGUAUGUGGAAGGGCUCUCACAAGGGUCGGAAGGGCGGCCACAUCGCCCGCCGAUUCGUGAGGAGGGCUGAUGGCAAGGGUACCGAGUUUAUUGAGAAUGACGGGCCUUCGGUGCCGAAGGGUAUGGAGGAGGAGAAGGUUGAGGAACCUAGUGAUGAGGAUUUGGAGAUUUUGACUGUCAAGGCUGGAUCUCUGGUUUUGAUUCAUGGGAAUGUGCUGCAUAAGAGUGAGAAGAAUACUAGCCAGAAGAGCCGGUAUGCUUAUACCUUCCAUGUUAUUGAGGGUGCUGAGGGGUGGGAGUAUGAUGAGAGGAAUUGGUUGCAGCCUCCUGAGGGUGGGUUUUCGAGGUUGAAUCAGUCGUGA